AUGUCUACCUAUAUUACUCUGGAUGAGCUAAAUAACCAAGAAGCUGAAAAGUUUAUACCUCUUCUGAUUAUAUACGUUAUUUACAUGGUCAUUGGAACACUUGGAAAUGGAACAGUUUUACUUGUUCAUCCGAAGCUGAAGCACUCUGAUGGACGACACUUCAUUCCGUAUCUUGCUGCAGUCAACCUUACAUCCAGUCUGAUAGGAUCCUGCUUUUCCAUCCUGUUAAUUAUGUUUCGAGUUAAUUUUUACUCUCAGAGUAGAUGCCGUUUUGGAUGGUAUAUAGUUACUUUAACGCAGACCUUUGCUUCAUUUAUUCUAGUAGUCAUUGCAUCAGACCAUUAUCGGCGGAUUUGCAAACCUCACUCAAAACAGAUGAACAAAAGAGUAAGGAUAUGUGUUCUAUUGUCGACAUUUUUCUUGGCUGCCAUGUUAGCCAUUCCACUCCCGUUCCAAUAUAAAGUUGCAGAAAAUUACAGAUCAGAAUAUAAUUUGACAACAUACUCAUGUCACAGAAGUGCAAGCAGUGAUCCAACCAUAGAUUCCUUAUACGCAGGUGUCCUUAUGCUUGCUGGAUGUUGCAGCACUGUAGCAAUUUUUGUUUUGUAUUGUAAAAUUGGACAGACUUUGCGCAGGUUCGUCGAAAGAGGAGAACAAAAUGAAAUUUCAAUGAUAAGUUUGGACAGCAAGGUCAAAGAAGGGGUUGACAACAAAGGGUUUGAAGAACACUCUUCUACAACCAAUACAACGGUGCCAUCUAGCGGCGCACAAAAGAAAAGGACCGAAAAAGAAGCUAGAAAGAAACAAGUGAAUCACCGCCACCAUGUAAUGACUCACUUUGUGAAAAUAUUUAUCAUGAUUUCUCUGAAUUAUUUACUAACAUUAAUCCCUUCAGCUGUUAUUGUUGUGCAUCAGAGUAUUUCGAUCACUUUCUGGAAUUCACUUAAUGAUGCCCAGGAAGUUGGUCUUACAUUCUUCUCUACUUUGUACAUAGCUCAUAAUAUCAUUAACCCCUUUAUAUUCGCUUUCAUGGAUCACGAAUUCCGAGCAAAACUUCGAUAUAUUAUAACCAGCGUAAAAUGUAGACAAUGGUUUUGCUCUUGCAAAUGA